AUGCCUACAAUUGCUCAUCUGCGCGACCGCCAGGCAUAUAUCAAGGAUCACUACCAUGACCACAAGCCCGUCCGUAAUUCUAGGCAGAUGAUAGACGCCCUUGAUCCCCUCAUUAGCCACUGUCCACACCUGAUCUCGCUCCGCAUCGCCAUACUGGGUCCGUGCGAGGAGCAGGGGCCAGAUUCGCGCGAAGAGCGCCUGUAUCAAUCCUGUGCGCGCUUCAUUAGCUCAGUGCGAAAGACGCUUCGCAAACUCGACUUUGAGCAAGGCUACAGCUUCAAUGAACAAGUCCAAUGGGACCGUCCCUCGACCGAGCGAAAGAAGAUAUUCCCGCGCCCAAUGGAUCGCAUAUUCGCGCGCUUCAUUCUCCCGGUCCUCAUGGAUGCGCCAUGGCCUCACAUGGAGAAGAUGGUAAUCAGAGGCGUGGGAGAAUCCACUCGCGAAUACACCGAAGAAUAUCCUAUGCCAGCGGAUACUGAAGAUGUUGAGUACACGGAUUUUGGCGGGUGUUAUCAAGAAGACAGAGGAAUUCGGACACAGUUUUGGGCCUUUGAUGUCACAGUCAAGUCUUUUCCUUCUGCUGCGCAAAUGCAGUUGGAUCUGCAGGCUCUUAUACCACAAGCGGUCGUUGUGGUUGAGGAGGACGGUGAACAGGACUUUGAAUCGUUUCUUGAGGAUAGCUAUGGUAUCGACAAUGAUUCGGAUUUGAGGGCUUGA